AUGAAUGCUACUACAGAAAAUAAUAUGACUCGAAACGAAUCACAAGGACUAUUAAAUAAACUCCAAUCAUUAGAGACUUGCUUUAUGUCUAUAUUAUGGGGUUUCCUAUUGAACAGAUUAAAUGUAGUUAGUGAGAAGUUACAAAAAGUUGAAAUAGAUUGUGGUCUCGUGGUUGAGCUUUACGAUUCUUUAAUUCAACUUAUUACAAAUACUCGUGAACAUUUUGAUGAAUUUGAAAAAAAAGAAAUUGAAAAAUCUGUUACAAAAGAAUAUAAAGAUUUAAAAACUCGUAAGAAAAUUAAAUCAAUUUUUUAUGAUGAAACUCGACAUAAUGAUUUAAUUGCUUCUGGAAGAGAAAAAUUUUAA